AUGGCAAUUUUCUCAGCAACUAGAGACCGAAAUAUCUCCGCCGCUCCUGCGCUUUUGCGCUUUUUCUCCCCCCGCACCCCAGCAGCAUCAGCGCACGCCGCUCCGCCCUCCCUGAUGGCCGCCGCCGACGAGGGCGAGGCUGAGCGGGUGUCAGCGCUGCUGCGGGAGAUAACGGGGGAGGGCGGGUUCGCUUUCGUCGCCUCGGCGGAGAAGGCGGGGGUGGGGGACCUGCGCGCGGCGGAGGCGGCGCGGGAGAUGGCGUGGGAGCAGCUCCACUCGGGCCCCUGGAGCGAGGUCGGCACCGCCUGGAGGGACGCCUACGCGCUCGCCUGCCUCCACGUCGCGCGGCUCCGCACCCGCACCCGCGGGGCCAGCGGCGGGGACGGCGACCGCUCCGCCGCGCUCCGGGCGCUCGACAUGGGGCUCAUCAUGGGGGGCAACCUACUGCGCGCCGACCUCGAGGCGGCCCUGGCGCGCAUCUCCGCGGAAGCGUGCGGCGGAAGCGAAGGUGGCGCGGGGGUCGUGGAUGAGGAGGACCAGAGGUGGACGGAGGCGCUCGACAGGAACAGAGACAUCGCUGAUGUGAGAUCGCUAUUGCCUUCUGGCGCCAUCGAUCAUUGGCCUGCAAGGACAAAAUGGAAGGACAUUAAAUACCUCAAGAAGAUCGCUGGAGAUCGUACUGUUCCUGUUGAAGUUGGAAAAAACUAUGUGUGUAGUGAGUGGAAGCAGGAGCUUGUCACAUUUUCUCAGUUCCUGGAUAGAAUGUGGUCAACUGUCUGCCCAUCAAAGUUGACAUAUCUAGCUCAGCAUCCAUUGUUUGAGCAGAUAAAAGAGCUCAGUGAAGACAUAAUUGUUCCCGAAUACUGUUAUGCUGGUGGAGGUGAACUCCAAUCACUUAAUGCUUGGUUUGGUCCACAGGGGACAGUGACACCAUUGCAUCAUGACCCACAUCACAACAUCUUAGCUCAGGUUUUGGGCAGGAAGUAUAUUAGACUCUAUCCUGCUUUUAUAUCUGAGGACUUGUAUCCACACACACAGACUAUGCUAUGCAAUGCUAGUCAGGUAGAUCUUGACAACAUUGAUUUGAAGGAGUUUCCAAGGGCUGAAAACCUGGAAUUCAUGGACUGUAUAUUGGAGGAGGGUGAUCUGCUUUACAUCCCUCCAAAAUGGUGGCACUAUGUCAGAUCUCUGUCCACCAGUUUCUCGGUUAGCUUUUGGUGGCGUGCAGCAGUUCAACCCUCAGGCGGCUCAUAG